AUUUGAACCCAAGUAUCUUUACAACUUAGUGAUGGUGAAAAAUGCGAAGAAACAAACAGCCAAAAAAAUUUUUUGUUGUUGGCGUGUGUAAUAAAAAUGAGAAGAAACAAACAGACAAAAAAAUUUUUUUUGUUGGCGUGUGUAAUAAAAAUUAAUUAAAUAUACAGGUUACAAUAAACAAAUUAACUUUCGAUUUCGAUUUAAAAACCUGAAGAAUUUUUUACGUUUGGCGAGGAUAUUGCUAUGGUCACAUUGGAAUAUAACUGAUAAAGAAAUUAGGAUAUUCAAAUUUAUUAUUUAAGAUUAUAUAAAGAUAUUCAUUUAUUCAAGAUAUUUGGUUAAGAUAUUAAAGAUAUUUAAAGUCAUGGCAUUAUCUGAUGUUCAAUCUAUGUACAACCAAGGAACUAUUCUCCGUAUUAAAAGGAAACGAACUGAAGAUCCUUUUAAUGCUCUGUUAAUUCGCAGUUCAAAACAGAGAAAAGAAAAUGAAUGUAUUCCAACAGUUGAUCAUGAUAGUUCUCAAAGUUUAUUUUGGUUUGCUGGUACAGUUGAACAUGAAUCCACAGAGAAAGUUGUAGGAGAAUUCAAGAAGUUUGGAUGGAAACAAGUUAAAUCUAAUGAAAGCAUAAAGCAAAGAGCUAGAAAAGAAAAUCAAGGAAAGCAUCAUUUAUCCAGAUUUAAACUAAUCUCAAGUCGUAGAAAUCAAGAUAAACCUUUAGAAAAAAGUGAAUCCGAUUGCGAGAAAAAUUUUGAAGUUUUUGAUAUUGUAUCUGAUGCACCUUCUGUAUCUGUUGAUAAUCCAGUUGUAGAAGAUUGUGAUGACAUACUUUGCAAUUCUGUUAAAAUGAUCAGACAUAAUUUAAUCAUUGAAAAUGAAAAUACUAAUGAAAUUAAACAAACUGACUAUGUGUAUGAUUUAUACUUUGCACCUGAGGAGAUUCAACGCUCUGACAAUGAGUUGUUAGAUAUUGAAUUUUAUGAAGAUAUUUUAGAUGCAAAUGAAGAGAUCGAUGAUGAUAUUAUUGACGAUGAAGAUGAUUCAAAUGAUGAAAAUAACUGGAGAAAUGACUAUCCAGAUGAAGAAGAAUACAAUUCAUCUAUUGACGAGGAAUAUCACACUGACACCUCGACUGAGGAGGAGGAUGCUUGCAAUUAUGGUGAAUACAGAAACAGACGAAUACCUAUGAAUCUAUAUGAAACGUCUGACCAAAACGAAUAUUUUGAGACUGUAGCUAGCAGUGAUGAUGACUUGAGUAGUUAAAAUACCUCCGCUUUUGAUUUCGAAAAAGCCAAUGGGAAUCGAUAAACUGCUGCUUAAUGUCGACAAUGACUUUAUUUUCCUCGACAUUGACAACUGAAAAAGUUGGUAUAUCGUCAUGCCUAAAAUUUCAAUGAAUUCAGUAAAGAAAAAUUUAAAGAGAACGUUUUUCUAUAAUAA